AGGAGGCGGGUUUAAAAGACGGUCACAUAUGUUUGUGGCGCGCACACACAGGGAAAGAUUGGGAGAAAUCGUCACAAAUUCACAGGUUUGUGGUUUGUUGUGGUCAGAGGAAUACAACGAGCUGGUAUCUGCUCUAGGAUCUUCCAGUCCCGAUAAGAACGAUCUUAUUGUCUGGAAUAUGAAAAAGUUUGAGUUCGAAGCCUUGGCUAAACUACGUCAUCAUACGGCACGUCCGUUACAUAUAGCACUCAGUCCGGAUAAAACAACCAUAGCUUCCGCGGGUGCUGACCCCGGCAUUUUGUUUGUGGAACACGUUUCCUAGGCGUUCAAGACGUCCACAGUGGUCACCCUGGGACAAAUCUCCACUGAACAUGUUUAAAUACAUCAGAUAAUUUGUUUCCUAAAUAUACCAUACUGUUUCUUCUACAAUACAUCAAGUGACCUGUCACAUUUGAAAAGGAAUUCUCUAUUGUGCUUCUGGCUGAGUAAAAUACUAUUUUCAGUGAUUUUUUUAUAUAUAUUUUUCUAGAAGUUUACAUUUUCAUUUAUUUUUCUUUUUUGUUUUUUUCCUGUCAAUUUUAUAUUAUACACGAAUAUACACACAAUUUAUGUUGAUUUUUUUUCUUUUCUACACUUCUCGAGUAUCUAUUGCAUAAUGGAAUACUGUGCGUUGCUAACGAAAAAAUAUUACUGCUACUUAAAUAUAGAAUUUUGAAAAUGUAAAUAUUUUUGUCGUUUUAUUAUGAUGUUCCUUGUACCUUUAUUUCCUGUGUCCAACGUUCAAUUGAUUUGAUAAAAAAACUUAUAUUCGGUGUCAUUUCAUAUAAAUUUACAAUUAAAUUUCAAGAUUUUUUCAAAAUCCGUUUAAUAUUGGACAGGUGAAAUGACUACUUCGGUAAGAUUCUAUAUAUCAAUAUUGCGUGCACAUUAUUUCACUAUACAUGUA